GGAUGAAACAGCUCACAACCCAAAUGGAUGUAUGAAAAUAAUAUGCACUGAGAAUCGAUGAAUGGUGCUUCAGCUACAAUCUCCAUUUCAUUUAAAGCUGGCUUUUAGACGCCAUGCUUUCCGCGUUCACAGCUCGACCCAUUGUUGAGCUUCGCCAACGAGACAAAUCGAAGAUCGAGUCCGUACUUGCAUUUGGCGAUCGGUUACUAGUAGGGUUAAAUACUGGCAGUUUACGCAUAUAUCAAGUCAGCGAAACUCCGGGCAAUGUCGGUUUACUUCGAGAAGUCGAGAAGUUCUCUACUCGAGCAAUAGAGCAACUCGCACGAAUAAAAGAAGCCAACGUCUUGAUAUCUCUAUCCAAUUACUAUGUGUCGAUCCACGAUUUACAGACAUAUACUUUGCAGGAACAGUUGACGAGAACUAAAAACGCUUCCACUUUCGCCGUUACAUCAAAUAUUGUCAAAGAUCCAGCUACGGGGAUACCAGAAAUUAUAUCCAGGCUUGCGGUAGCUGUCAAACGAAGGUUGUUAGUAUGGUCAUGGUAUCAAUCCGAGAUAUCGUCUGAGACGACGGAGAUAACGCUUGCCGAAUCAAUUCGAACCUUGACUUGGGCGUCCGCGACCAAGAUCAUUUGCGGCAUGAACUCUGGAUAUGUCAUUGUAGAUGUCAACACACAAGAAGUCGAAGACAUCGUUGGACCAGGAGCUAUUGGAGGUGCGACGAGCAACCAAGGCGGUAGAUUUGGUGGCAUGGGCUCUGCAAGCAUGGGUUAUAUGGGCCUCGGAGGCUAUAUACCCAAGCCAUUGGCAACGAAACUCGCAGAUGGAGAGAUCCUACUUGCAAAGGACAUAAACUCACUUUUUAUUACGUCGGAAGGAAAACCAAUGGAAAAGAGACAAAUCCCUUGGCAGCCAGCGCCAGACGCCAUUGGAUAUUCAUAUCCGUAUAUCAUUACCCUUCAAGCACCGUCCAAAGGAAUACUUGAGGUUAGGAAUCCAGAUACCCUAUCACUCCUGCAAUCAAUACCGCUCCCGAAUGCAAAUCAGCUCCAUUUUCCACCUCCGAAUAUCAGCCUGGCACAUGCCGGAAAAGGAUUCCAUGUAGCUAGUGAGCGAUGUAUAUGGCGAAUGGGUGCCACGGAUUAUGAUUCGCAGAUUGACGAGCUUGUAGAAAAGGGACGCUAUGAUGAAUCAUUGAGCAUCCUCAAUAUGCUUGAAGAUGCACUACUGCAUAAUAAAACUGAACGGGUACAACAAGUUGAAGCUCUCAAGUCGAAACUUUACUUUGAUCAACAAAUCGAGCAAGCUCAGGCUCUAUUCAAUCAACGCAGAUAUCGUGCAGCGAUUGAUAUAUUUAUUGCUAUUGAGGCACCUCCAGAGCGUGUGAUUAAGUUAUACCCGAAAGCUAUAGCCGGUGAUCUCUCAAUCGUCGAGGAGGACAACGUGGAUGUAGAAACAGACAACGAUGAAUCUAAUGGCAGCGCAAAUAGCGAUUCAGAUUCCAAAGAAUCAUUAAAACCAGCUGCAGUGAAGAAGUUGAUCAAGAAUCAUCAGAAAUCUAGCUCGGAUACAUCAUCAGUCAGAUCCUUCAUGAGACAUGAUAAUUCAGACAAUGACAAUGCAAGUAUUAAAGCAGUCGUGGUUGAAGAUGGCCCACUCGAAGGAAAAGACCUUAUUACAGCGGCCAAGGAGCUAAAUGCAUUUCUUGUGGAUGCGCGAACGAGAUUGAAGAAGUUCCUGGAUUCUGAGACCGGCAAAAUCAUUCCUCCUAAAGAAAAUGAUCAUGGAGGCACACCUGGACCGACAUUUGAUUCCCUCUUGGCUGCUCCUGAGUCUGAAACUGAAGCUGAUCAUGACCGGGAGCAAAAACUGCUGGAAACAGCAAAAUUAGUGGACACCACUCUUUUCCGCUCCUAUAUGCUAUCGAUGCCCAGUUUGGCGGGACCGCUGUUUCGAUUGCCGAAUUUCUGUGACCCAGAUGUGGUUAAUGAGAAGCUCUUAGAGACCGGAAGAUAUAAUGAUCUCGUCGAUUUCUUCCACGGCAAAAAGCUGCAUCGUCCUGCUCUUGAGCUUCUUAAGAAGUUCGGCAUGGGAGAUGAAGAGAAUGAAGAAGCACCAACACUAUAUGGACCUCAAAGGACUAUUGGAUAUCUACAACACUUGCCUCCCGAGAUGAUUGAUUUGAUUCUUGAAUUCGCCGAGUGGCCUCUACGAGCUGAUCCCGAUCUUGGUAUGGAAAUAUUCCUAGCAGAUACAGAGAAUGCGGAAACGUUGCCGAGGGAGAGAGUCCUGAAUUUCUUGCACGACAUUGACAUCAAUCUCGAGAUCAGGUAUUUGGAGCAUGUGAUCAAUGAGCUCAAUGACUUGACGCCCGAUUUUCACAAUCGACUCGUUAGUGCAUACAUGCAAGAAUUAAAGCAACGUCAGGACAGAGAUUCUGAGAAGUGGAAAGAUUUAAUGGGACGAAUGGUAUCAUUCUUGCGGUCGAGUAACAUAUAUUCAUGUGGGAGAGCCUUUGGGCUGAUAGACAGAGAAGAUUCUCAUUUCUACGAAGCUCAAGCUGUGGUAUUAAGUAACAUGGGUUCACAUAAACAGGCUCUCGAGAUAUAUGUAUUCAAGAUCAAGGACUUUGAGAAGGCAGAGGAAUAUUGUAAUCGUGUUCAUAUGAACCAAGAAGCUUCAACAUCAUCGCCAAUUCGUGCCCAUCGGGCUACAACUUCCGAGUCGGAUGACCCACUACCUUCCAUUUAUCACACCCUUCUUUCCUUGUAUUUGAAGCCACUACCCCCUUAUAAACCGAACUGGCCACCUGCUUUGGAACUUCUAUCCAGGCACGGAUCCCGUCUACCCGCAUCCUCAACACUUGAUUUGAUUCCAGAGAAGCUUCCCGUGGCAGAACUCGAAUCAUAUUUCCGUGGUCGUAUACGAGCGGCGAAUUCGAUUGUUAGUGAAUCCCGAAUUGUGGCAGGGUUGCGAAAGAGUGAAGUUGUGCGUGCACAAGCAACGUUAUUACUAGGGGAUGGUUUACCGGAUGGUCAAGGAGGAAGGAAUAGGAGAGUCGUCAUAAGUGAUGAGAGAGUAUGCGGUGUUUGUCAUAAGAGAUUGGGAGGAAGUGUUAUUGCGGUCCUGCCGGAUAGUUCUGUUGUACAUUAUGGGUGCUUGAGUCGAGCGAAUGUGCAACGCCCAUCUUCGUCGCGGGGUUCGUGGGGAGGACGAUAAUAUUUAGAUUGUGUGAAUGGUAAUAGCUACA